AUGGCAAUUCCCACGGUGGUGAGAGAUACCCAACUCAUAGGGAAGUAUCUUUUUGACCAUACAUCAUGUGUUCGCAAUGAAAUCGACCGAUUUCUUGAGAGAUUCGAGAAAAAUGAAAGACAUAGGGAAUUCGACGGUAUCUUGCGAGCAAGCCACGCACUUAUCGAAGCUACAGAGACACCUGUUGAGGCUCUGUUUAACACGGGAAAAGUGGAAAUGUUAACAAGUGAUGUUAACGAGCUGACGGCAAGGAUUCGGAAACUCUGUCAACCAACGUAUGCCAGUGUAGGUCUUUUACCUGGGAAUUGA